GAAUUAGUCUACUUUAGAGUCGAGGCUUGGGACUCGGAUACUACAUCGAGCGAUGAUCUAAUAGGAAUGUUUUAUUCAAAGGAAGUACCUCUUUCAUCCAAAAGUGAAUUGCAUGCCCUCACUCUUACGAAUAUGAAUAUUACCACCUAUAAUUCUCAUGUCAAAAUCAACGCCUUUUUUGGACUUACCUGCUCUCUCCAUUACUACGGACCCCAAUGCGAGACAUACUGCAAGUCCGACUUUAAGACUUAUCACUGUGGAGAGAAUGGUGAACGCAAAUGUCUGCCAGGAUGGAAUGGGGAAUUCUGUAACAAGGUGGAUAUGUGUUACCUGAAGCCCUGUGCACCCUAUGCUCGAUGCACAAAUACCGACAAUGAAGAGGGUCGCGUAUGUUAUUGCAAUGGCGGCAGUGGACCCGAAUGUUAUCAAGUGCCAGAUCCCUGUGAGCCAUCACCGUGCCAAAACGAUGGAGCGUGCUCAAGAACUGGUCCACAUCUUGACCAAUUCGUUUGUGAAUGUAAAUCCCCCUGGUACGGUCCGACUUGCCAACAGCGUUAUUCGGCCUGUGCUGACGCCAUGAUAACGCAGGAAGCCUGCUUCAAUGGUGGUUUGUGUCAGGAUGACCCUAAUGAAUUUGCCUUCACGUGUGCCUGUCCUAUUGGGUGGAAAGGUGACUACUGUGAAGAUAAAGAUUAUACAGUCGCAAUCGUGACUCCCAUAACUGUAAUCAUCAUCAUCAUAGUUAUCUCUAUUCUACUACUUUUCUUAUGGCGAAGGCGACGGUGA